UUAUGGAGCGACUAGUCGCAAUUGGGGAGAAGAUGGGCUUGACUGGAGCAGACUUAGGCCAAUUUGUGACGGAUCAACAACUAUUGAGAGAGAAGACAAACAAAAGGGACAAGAAUUGAAGAGGGAAGAACAAGAAGCCACAGAAAAGGUUCUAAAAAGAAAAGGCUGAAGAAGCAGAGAGGGAAAUGGUGGCAGCGGAGAGAGAAUGACAACAUGUCCUAAAGAUGAAAGGUUAGAACUAGAGGCGGCGAGAAUUUUAGACACGUCCAUCAGAGUAGACCAUACUAAGGCAGCAAAACUACUAAAAAUCGCAUCUUCUCAAGACAGCAAGAACAAACUGGAUAGUUAUCUUCUGAAGUUUGAGAGGUUCGCCAGGGCAAAUGGAUGGGAGGAAGAAUGUUGGGCUGGCACUUUAAGGGCCUUGCUGACGUAUACUCCCGGUUAUCAGAAGAGGCAGCCGUGGAUUACAAGCAAUUAAAGGAGGCCCUCUUAAAGAGAUACAACCUAACGGAGAAUGGAUACCGGCUCAAGUUUAGGAAGAGCAGACCAGAGCCUGCAGAGAAGCCUGAUCAGUGUAUCCAUCGCCAGAAGAACUACUUGAAGAAAUGGAUAAUGUUUUUAAAGUGUAAUCCAGAGUCAGCUGAGGAAGUUGCAAAUAUGUUCUUAAGAGAACAAUUGUUUGAAGUAUGUCCGAAGGACCUGGCGGUACAUCUAAAGGAGAAGGAGAUAGCGAGCCUAGAAGACCUCGUGAAGGUGGCUGAUCACUACCUGACAGCGCACCAACGGAAAUUUUGCACGGUGUCAAAUGCUCCGAUACAUCAACAACCGAAUACAACUAAUGAUGAUGAUACCAAUGCGACUUCAAUAGGAGAGAAAGCAUUACAACAAGGUAAACCUUCAUCCAGUUGUUAUAUUUGUGACAAGCCUGGUCACAGCGCAGUAGACUGCUGA